AUAUCCUACGUCACAUUGUUUGGGGUCCUCAGUAGAGGCUCGGCGCCAGUCUCCCGGCAGUCGCAGCUACGAGUGAAAAUUAGUGAAAUAUUAAUUAAAAUCAAGCUUUUAGGGAACUUUGGACUCUUCGUCUUUCAGCGAUGAAUCUAGAACUGCUCGAAUCGUUUGGGCAGAACUAUCCAGAGGAGGCAGAUGGCACUCUGGAUUGUAUCAGCAUGGCCCUCACCUGCACCUUCAACCGCUGGGGCACCCUGCUGGCUGUGGGCUGCAACGACGGCCGCAUUGUCAUCUGGGACUUUCUCACAAGGGGCAUCGCCAAAAUCAUCAGUGCACACAUCCACCCAGUCUGCUCUUUAUGCUGGAGUCGAGAUGGUCACAAGCUGGUGAGUGCCUCCACAGACAACAUUGUCUCGCAGUGGGACGUCCUGACUGGAGACUGUGAUCAGAGAUUUCGUUUCCCCUCGCCGAUCCUGAAACUGCAGUACCACCCCAGAGACAUGGACAAGGUGCUGGUGUGUCCCAUGAAGUCAGCCCCAGUCCUGCUGACUCUGUCAGACUCCAAACAUGUCGUCCUGCCUGUGGACGACGACUCAGACCUGAAUGUGGUGGCAGCCUUCGACAGACGGGGCGAGUACAUCUACACUGGCAACGCCAAAGGAAAGAUCUUGGUGUUGAAUACAAACACUCAAGAGCUCGUGGCGUCCUUCAGAGUGACCACUGGCACCAGCAACACCACUGCCAUCAAAUCCAUCGAAUUUGCACGCAAGGGCAGUUGCUUCCUCAUAAACACAGCAGACCGGAUCAUCAGAGUGUAUGACGGCAGGGAGAUACUCACCUGUGGGCGAGACGGUGAACCUGAGCCCAUGCAGAAAUUACAGGACCUGGUCAACAGAACUCCAUGGAAGCGCUGCUGUUUCUCUGGGGAUGGCGAGUACAUCGUGGCCGGUUCAGCCAGGCAGCACGCCCUCUACAUCUGGGAGAAGAGCAUCGGCAACCUGGUGAAGAUCCUGCAUGGAACCAGAGGAGAGCUGCUGCUGGAUGUUGCUUGGCAUCCUGUUCGUCCGAUAAUCGCCUCCAUCUCCAGUGGAGUGGUGUCAAUCUGGGCUCAGAACCAAGUGGAAAACUGGAGUGCCUUUGCUCCAGACUUCAAAGAACUGGAUGAGAACGUGGAGUACGAGGAGCGAGAGUCUGAGUUUGACAUCGAGGACGAAGACAAGAGUGAACCUGAGCAGACAGGUGCAGACGCUGCAGAGGAUGAAGAGGUGGACGUCACCACCGUUGACCCCAUAGUUGCUUUUUGCAGCAGUGAUGAGGAGCUGGAGGACUAUAAGGCCCUGCUGUACCUGCCCAUCGCCCCUGAAGUUGAGGAUCCAGAGGAGAACCCAUUCGGUCCCCCGCCGGACGCCUCGGUCCAGGCUUCCGGCCCAGAGGAUGCAUUGGCUGGCGGUGACAAGAAACAGCGGCAGCCUUCAUCUGAGGGAGGCCCAGCCAAAAAGAAAGCCCGCACUACCACCAUCGAACUGCAGGGGGUGCCCAGUGAUGAGGUGCACCCCCUACUGGGUGUGAAGGGGGAUGGCAAGUCCAAGAAGAAGACAGCAGGUCGGCCCAAAGGCUCCAAAGGUAAAGACAAAGACUUCCCCUUCAGGCCCAAGCCUUACAGGGGCGAACGGCCCUCCUUCCCUGUGGAAGCCUUGGGCAGCUCUGGCCCGGGAGUUGGAGGAGGAGGAGGAGGAGGAGGGAUGAAGGGCAGGGCAGAGGGGGGCCUGGCCACAGGGAGUCUGGUCUCACAGACGUACAAACAGCACGACAUUGGAGGGAUGGACUGAUCACUGCCGUGUACACCAGUGGCAGAGCAAUAAAUAGGCUCAAAACAAAGAGACACAAAUCCAGAUGUCAUGUACAGACUGUGUGUGAGCAGCCUGUUGUACAGGACUUGUUUCCUCUCCUGACCAGAGCACAGCAUCACAGGGAAAACUCCCCUCAGCCUGGGUCACACACAGGAGCUGACAAAGAGAGUGUGAAGCAUCCGAGUCGUCACAGUAGAUAUCACAUGUCCUCUGUCUCUGUAGGAUUUGUCAUGUAUAGAUCGCCUGUGUCCUGAUUGUGUUGUGUGUGUGUGCGUGCGUGUGUGUGUGUGUGUUCUUUCUCAUUGUUUUUAUACGUAUUAAAACAUUCUGAUUUAUAAAUAAGGA